ACAAAAUAACAAUAAUACGAGCACAUUUAAAGGGAAUUCGUGACAGUGUUGUGCCCAUAAAAAGUUGCCGAUGAAAUUAUUUAUGAGAAAUGUGUGGACUGCCGAGAAACGAGUGAAGCUGCAUCACAGAUAUGUGAUGACGAUGAUGAUGUUGAGUAUGAUGGUGAUGUUGCGGGUUGCGGACGCAUCCGUUGAGGCCACGAAUGCAACAUGCAAACAUGCCACGAACAUGUGGGGCGAUCCGAAUCCCAACAUAUUCUACGUAUGCUCUGUGGCGGACCAAAUGCCGCUGCAGCUGCAUUGCCCACAGGGCCGGGGUUUUUUCAAUGGCCACGGCCAUCUGGGCUGCCUGCCCUAUGACCACUGGCCAGCCUGUCGGCCCACUGUAGAGCUAACGUCCAGCUGCAAUAGCAGCACGGUGCACGCAAAGGACCAGCCAUGGGCCGCGCUGGAUCCCAAUCAAUUCUACAUGUGUCCGGGUGUUAAGGCCACGCCUCUGUUGCUCGACUGUACAUCCGGUAAAGGAUUCGUGCAAACGGCAAAAACACGGGGCUGUGCGGAGUGGUCACAUUGGCGCCGAGAGAUGCAGUGCGAGGCUUAUUACUGAACAAAAUCCGCCAGCCUGCAUCCACAUCUCACUGAAAGUAAAUGCCAUGGGCUGCACUCAAAAUAUGAUAUGUAGUCCAUAUGCAUAAUAAUAACCAGCCCAAAAAAUAUCACCAACAUUGUGUUUAUGUGUUUC